CCUUUCUCUCGGGUUGUCCUUCGGUUCCGAGGACUGACUCCUGUCACCAUGAGGCUGGUCUGGGUGCUGCUGCUUUGCUUCUCGAUUGGGGGGGAGCGGUGCUUCUCAGAGGAAGAAGAAGCAGCCCUGUCCCCAGCUGCAGGCCCAGAGGCGGAGACGGAGGUGGAGGCACACAGCGCUGUGGCUGACGAGAGAAAGCCCUGUGCAGGCUGGAUGGGAGGAGUCCCAGGCACUCCCGGGCACAAUGGUGCGCCAGGGAGAGACGGGCGAGAUGGGAGAGACGGAGAAAAGGGAGAGAGAGGAGAGCCAGGUGCACCAGGAGAGAAGGGAGACGGUGGAGAGCCAGGGGCCACAGGCCCGGAGGGUCCUCGUGGAUUCCCAGGGACCCCGGGGCUGAAGGGCGACAGAGGGGAGAGCGCUCUUCUCUACCGCUCUGCCUUCAGCGUGGGCUUGACCGACCGCACGCCCAUGCCCAACGUUCCCAUCAGGUUCAACAAGAUCUUCUACAACGACCAGCUGCACUACGACCCCAGCACUGGCAAGUUCCGCUGUGUGAUCUCCGGGGUCUACUACUUCACCUACCACCUCACCGUGUACCUGAAGGACGCCAAGGUCAGCCUGUACAAGAGCGACAAGACCAUCAUGUUCACUUUUGACCAGUUCCAGGAGAACAACGUUGACCAGGCCUCGGGCUCCAUUGUCCUGCACCUAGUGGGCGGGGAUGAGGUCUGGCUGCAGGUCUACGGUGAGGACGACUACAGUGGAAUUUAUGCAGACAACGUAAACGAUUCCACAUUCACUGGGUUCCUUCUGUACCCCGACAUUAAAACUGUAAAUGGAAGUCGCUAGAAGACAGGAGUGCACCAGAGGCCGGUGGCCUAACAAAUUAGUUUCUUUAAUGUUCAAGGUCCUUGCUUCCUCAAACCUCAGUUAGAAUACCUGUGGGGACUCUCAGAGUCACAAAAACAAAAAAUCCCUUUUAAGGCCUGUUGGUGAAAUGUAUGCAUUUAGAGAGACUGGGUGUUUGGAAAUGUGAUUUUGGUUUGUUGUUUGUGUAUUUACAAAAAUCACUAGUGUUUUGUUGUUGUUUUUUUAAGGAAACUCCUGAAUAUCCAGAAAUUUUUUUCAUUUCAAAUAUUUCUUUUGUUUACUAAUGGGUUUAUCAAAUUGGCGUAGACCUCUUGAAGAAUUUAUAGGGGAGGGCUAUUAAGGGUUGCAAAACAAUGAAAAAAUCAACACUUUUAGUGCGAGAGUUUGUUUGAUCAUUCACCAGUGUUUUUCCGAAAGACAAUACCUUCCAAGUGUAAGAUUUCCAUUCCAG